UACCCAAAACACGACCCCCGUCUGCAUGCUGCAUGCUCGCUUGUAAUGGUCAGUGCUCGAUUGGCACCUUCUUUACGCAUGAUGCCUUGAGUUAAUCAAUGUUACGACUAUUGUGACUAUAUAUUUAUUCUUUGAAAAUACGGCAGAUGAAGCUUAUAAAACAUGUUAAGUCUGCAGCGUUUGAGAAGUAGCAUGACGUGGCAGCUCACAAAGAUGCAGUUGGAGCUGGGGUGGUGUAGAGACGUUUUGGGCAGAAUAUCUUCAGCCCUGCAUGCUCAUAAAUAUUGUCAUCAGUUAUCGUUGCCUGGCCAGAACGUUAGGCCGUACAUGUACAUGUGUGCUUAUGCAUGUGCACGGACAGUCGGUGGCAAAUUUCAGCUCGUCCCACAUUCAAAGAGGCACGCUGCACUUGCAAGUUUUGUGGACAGUCACUGGGGGUGGAAGCAGUCUGGCGCCUUUCUUCACAGUGGUGAGCUAAAUGUAUUAACCAGGACGGCACAGGAGGAUACACCCAAAGGGAAGGACAUGGUAACCUUCAUCAGAGAUGACAAUGACUUGGAGAGGUUCUUGGGGCAUAUCACGGACCUUCUGUCAACUCCCGACUUCUCCAAGGUCAGGAUCCCUGUAGAGGAGGCGAAAACCAGAGCCGAGGAGCUGGUGCAUAGACUGCUGGAGAUGAAAGCUGAUCCCAGGAACAUCUACGCCUUUCUUUGCUCCAAGCCACGGGUCCUGAGUGCCCAACAAGAUGCCCUGAUGCAGAACCUCCAGUUCUUGGAGGAGCUGCGCGUGGUGGGGAACCAGGCCCUGCUUGUGUUGGACCGCAACCCCAAGGUCUGGGGUGCCGACGAGGCGGUGCUGAGGGACAGGGUGCGACGACUACGGAAGCUGGGCCUGGUAGAGGGCAGCCUUCAGAAGGUGAUCACCAACUGGCCGGCCAUCCUGACGCUGAGGAAGAGCAGGUUGAAUGGCUCCAUUGACAUGCUUAGGAAGUGCCAGUUCUCCGGACGCCAGAUUACUGCAAUUGUUAUAAGUUCUCCCCAGGUGUUAGACAGCCAGCCAGCAGACAUCGAGCUGCGAUUUCAGUACGUGUAUUUCACCAUGGGACUCCAGAAGCAGGCUGACAUGGUCCAGGCCAAUCUCUUCAAGUACUCGCUAGAACACAUCCGCUGUCGACACCUGGUGCUGGAGAGACUGGGCAUCUACCAGCUGCCCAGCAAGCCAGGCGGCACGCGGGCGGACAACCCCAAGCUCUGCCGCAUCGUCGACUGCACUGAUGCACGGUUUGCCCAAAAGUGCGCAGGGAUAUCCCCAGAGGAGUAUGAGACCUUCCAAAGGAAUCUGGAAGAUGAAGCGAAGCGGGACGACGAGGGGGAUACGGAGGAAGAGACGGACGAGGGCUUUGUAGACUAUGACCAUGAUGACGGCACAAGGCACACAUCAUGAAACUUGACUAUGCACCCAUUCAUGUAUCAUGUACCUCAACAGAACCCUCCAGCUUGCCAAGUGCAGACUCUGGUGAUGACGCUAGGAUAAUUUGAAAUGGCUGAAUAUUCAAAUACUGGUAUUAAACUUAUUAUUUAUUAAACAAAGAUUGAGGUACUCGGUUGUAUUAAAUUCCCUGGACCUGAAGCAAAAUAUAUGUUUUGACAAAAAGUAAAAAUGGAAAGUCUUUCAGGAAACUUAAUUUUGGUCUUACAUGUAGUACUGGGCAUAUCGAAUUUAGCUGUCUUAAGUUGACUUGAGUAAGAUUGUGACCUUGAAAUGUGCUUUUAAAAGAGCCAUUUUGUGACCAAGCAAUUGAAUACUGUAUGUCCCUUUCUUACUUCCUGAUUUCACCGCUGAAUAUGUGUAUUCAAUUGGAAUAUUCUGUGAUUAAUCAAAUAUCCAAUAUGUUCCUAUAAGCGGAACAGUCCUAUCUGAUAAGAGCAGAAGAAAACAUCUCUUGGUCCAGCAGUUGUAUGAAACGGCUUAGUGGCUGGCCCCUUGGGUCCAGAUUUGUCUGUUAUGCAGGACUUGUCCAUUAAUGGGAUUGUUGAAUUCCAAAGAUAAAACGCUGCUUUCAGAAAACUUCAUACAAAAUCUUUUGUCCAAAAUAGGACAACCAUUAAAUCUCCAGCAAAUGUGUACAAUCCAGUUUUGUAAGUCUGAAACGUUUAAAAUAGAGUUUUAAUGAAAAUCUGAAUUACAUGUACACAAUAAAAAUUGAAAUACUGUUCUCAAUACUGUUCAGGGAUCACUUGAAAGUUCCACAUGUAACAAAAUGUCACCUCGGGUCCAUAUAAACCACUUCCGUGACCUUGACUUUCA